AUGUCUACUCAAACAAUGAGAAACCCUGCCGACUCCAUGGUCUCCAGCUGGCGCACCCAAGACCGUAACCAAUGGAGCAUCUGGCACUGGAUGAUCGAACUCCUCGGUCUACACCUCAUCGACCUCAACGGCGAAGUGCCCAUCUUCUCCAAGAGCGACAAAAUCCCCGCCGUGCGCGAAUGGUCCCUCCACCUCUGGAUUCUUCUUCACGCCGCCAUCCCCCUAGCCCUACACCACGCCUACACAACAUACACAGGCCAGAACCUGGGUCUGUUAGCAGCAUUCGGCCUCUACUCCACCGCAUUCAAACUCAACGGCAUUCACGAAAUGCACAUAAUGCGCAGACUAGGCCAACUCCACGGCUUCCUAGACGGCGACAAACAUCCCCGCGACGACAUCCCAGACGUCGGCGUCGGCAAAGUCAUCCGCGAACUGAUCUCCACAUCCUCAUUCCGAAUCAUCAUGGCAAUCUACCUAACCUACCAAACGGACAAAACACCCCAAUCUCUGAAUUGGAAAUGGCUCCCCCUCGAAAUAGGCUUGUACAGCAUAACAGUCGACUUCUGGUUCUACUGGUACCAUCGCAUGAUGCACUCGACGCCCUCGUUAUGGAAAUAUCACCGUCGUCACCACCUCACUAAGCAUCCGAACCCGCUUCUCUCGGCUUACGCGGACCACGAGCAGGAAUUCAUGGAUAUCACGGGUAUUCCGCUCCUUGCGUAUGGGACUUUGAAAGUCCUCGGUUUGCCAAUGGGGUUCUAUGAGUGGUGGGUGUGUUAUCAGUACAUUGCGUUUUCGGAGUUUAUUGGACAUAGUGGGUUGAGGUUGCAUGGGGGUGCGCCUUCGACUGUGAAUUGGAUUUUGGAGAUUUUUGAUGCGGAGUUGGUUAUUGAGGAUCAUGAUUUGCAUCAUCGGUAUGGGUGGAGGAAGAGUCAUAAUUAUGGGAAGCAGACGAGGUUGUGGGAUAGGGUUUUUGGGACUUGUUUUGACAGGAUUGAGAGUGUUAAGGGGAAUGUGGAUUAUGAGAAUCGGGUUACGAUGCCGCUUUUUUGA